ACAAAAAACGCGUCAUCUCCCUCCGCACGCAUCGCGGCGUUGACAGCGCGCGUCUAUCAAACAAUACCACGCCAUCCCCUCAAACUGUUUCUUCUCUUCCAAUCUCGACUAGGAGCAUCGCGACCCCCCGACAAACACAUCAAGCCAAAGCUAACGCCGAUGGUGAGCCAGAUGCGCGGCCUCCUGUCGCAGUUCAACCACCACCCAAAGUCAUCGUGAGAGGAAACCAACCGCGUGUCCAAUCGACUCGACCAAAUCUCCUCCAUCAAUGGACGGGAUCCUCCCACCCACCACAAGACACAAAAGCUGGCUGCAACUAAUAGCCGAAGCGUACGAAAAGGAACAUGGACCUCUCCCAGACCCCGUCUCGACUGCCGGGUCCUUUCUAGUUACCGCUCCAAAGACCCCCGUCGCCUCAUACGACAUGGUCGGCUUCGAUGACGAAUUCGUUGCCAUACUCGAAGAAAAGCUCAAUGGCAUUCUAUGGCACCAGAAAUUGCGACGGAACCUAUUUGGCCCUGUCGCUGACACAUUCCCGAUCGGACAUACACCUCCAGGCUUUCGGGAACCAUACUUUGCUGAACGGGAUAAGCCAAUCGACACCGACAGCGAGGACGACGAUAGUCCUGAGACGCAGCGUAUACUCCAGAAGUUCAGCAUCAUUAGGACAAUGAAACGCGUUGCUAUGCCGCGAUCACCAGGCUUUGAUAAGCGCAACGCUAAAGCAAAGAAGAGGAAGGUAGAAGACAUUAGGGUUAGGGAGGAUUUGCGAGGUUUAUCUGCUCCCUCUUUACAAACUAGUUCAUAAUGCGGAGGAGAUACUUCCUAUACAGUCAAGGACGGGUUCUUCCCCGCGUGUAUGUGGGUAUCGCAUUUAUCCACGUAGCAAUUGCGAAUUGCAUGUGCAGAUAACCCUAACCCCGACUCUAGGUACGCGGCAUUUGGCCGAUGACGAAGGGGGAGGGUAUCCUGCUUCUUGGGGUGUCGCCGUCAAGGAGUCUUUGGGCUUUCAGGUUAAUGG